GUUGUGCGGUAUUUGGAGCCUCGAUUCGUCGACGCCGGUCAGUCUGAAGCUCCUCCACAAUAUUUCGAAUAUUUUGGGCAUUAUUGCACUGGCUAUUUUUGUGGGAACAUUAACCGCAGAUCUGAUGGGUAAUUUAAAUGAUCUUUUAAUCGCUACCGACGAUGGAUGCUACCUCGCUGGAAUAUCUGUUAUUAUUUUCAAAGUGUAUAAAUUUCAUCGCCAGCACAAAAGAAUUAAAAACUUGACGGACGCAACGUAUCGCCCGAUUAAUGAAUUCAAAAAAUCUAAAGAUUCUGGAGUGAAAGAAAUUUUAGAGACUAACAAAUUUUACGAAGAUCUUGGGUUUACUUUUUUUGUGACACUCGGAGGAUUUUUGGUUAUCGCGUUGAUAUUUUUCGUCCCAACUGAAGAUGGUGCGUUGCCAAUACGGGCUCUUUACCCGUUUAACACGACAGUGUCCCCGAUGCACGAAUUGGCGUUCACCCUGCAGAUUUAUGCGGUAAGCUACGGUCUAAUGGCCAUUUUGAUGAUGGACACAGUCGGCUUGGGAAUAAUGAGAUGGCUCCAUGUCCAAUGCAUAAUUCUUGCCGCGAAUUAUAAAAAUUGCCGGCUGGAUAAUCAAUCCACUUACCUUAAAUGUCAGGAAAAUUCUGACGUAAUUCGGACAUUUUCCACAUUUGAUGAACAAGAUAAAGAAAUUACAGGAAGUACCGAUUGUUUUGUCGCGAGAUUUAGAAGGUGCAUAAAGAAUCACCAGCGACUCUUGUAUACAAUUGACGAACUUAACGCCUGCUUUAGCAGCAGUAUGUUGAUGCAGCUGUUUGCAAGUUUCUCGAUGAUUUGCUUGACUGGUUUUCAAGCCGUGUUGGGCGCAACCACAAAGACAAGUUUAAUGAAGUUUGUUCUCUACUUGGGCGCAGCAUUUUCUCAGCUACUCUACUGGUGCUGGUUCGGCAAUGAAUUACUGUACGAGAGGAUGACAUUAUUAUCAAGUCAAUGGAUGUCAGGCUGGGAAAAUGAACUUGGUUCAAAUAUUCAGCCGCUGUUGAUCGUGUCAAUGAUACAGACAAUGCGACCAUUAGAACUACACGCAGGUCCGUUUUUCACGAUGUCCAUGGAAACGUUUAUAUCCAUUAUCAAAAGCUCCUACUCGUUCUUUGCCUUACUGACCACGAUGACUGACUGA